CCUGCGCCAGCAGCGGUGAGUGUCACCGAGGUUGGGCUGCUGCCGGAGAGACCCGGAGUCAGGGCAAACCUCGACCAGUUAACCCGGACUGGCAUCUCGAAGGGGCUGAGGGGCUGCCCCUACGAGCUUAAACCUGUAUACCAUCAAGGUUGGAUCCUGCGCCUCUCUCCGUCACCACCGCCCGUCCUCCUGAUGUCGGAUUUCAAGCUCGGGAUCGUACGGCUCGGCCGUGUGGCCGGGAAGACAAAAUACACACUGAUUGAUGAGCAGGACAUACCUCUAGUGGAAAACUAUGCCUUCGAGGCGCGCAUGGAGGUUGAUGCAGAUGGAAAUGGAGCUAAGAUCUUUGCCUACGCUUUUGACAUCGGUAAAGGCCGCUGGGCAGGGAGGCCGUUACACGAGCUUCUUUGGGAGAAGCAUAGAGGAGGCAUUGCCCCCAGUUUUCAAGUCAUCCACAUUAACUCAGUCACUGUGGACAACAGGCUAGACAACCUGCGACUGGUGCCUGUGGGUUGGAGCCCCAAACCAGAGGAGAUUUCCAGCAAGCAGAGAGAGCAGUCUCUGUACUGGCUGGCCAUCCAGCAGGUACCUGCUGACCCUGUGGAGGAGCAGUAUCUGGAGCUGAGCCGCACACGCUACUACAACGCUAACGGGGAGCUGGUAGAGGAAGAAGAGUGCUCCUGUACCUACUAUGAGUGUCAUUAUCCUCCAUGUUCACUCAUCGAGAGGAGGCUCCGGGAGUUCAACAUCUGCGGCCGCUGCCAGGUGGCUCGUUACUGCGGCUCCCAGUGUCAGCAGAGGGACUGGCCUGCCCACAAGAAGCAGUGUCGUGAGCGCAAGCGGGUGCUGGCCCUGGAGUCUGAGCCCGAACGAUGAUCUGCCCUCAUCCUCGCCUGGGAGAGAGGAGGGAGAACAGAGGGGGGGAGCAGGGUUAGACUCGUGGGUGGGGAGCUGGGAAAAAUGCUGACAAGAGACUAACGACUGAGGACAAUGUUGGUAGCCUGAUGGACUCUGGGGGGAAAUAGACGGAGGAUUAGGAAUCAAAAAGACAUCUACCACUUCCCAGAACUGGUAUUUCUCCAUAGCUUGCUUUUCAUGUGGAUGACGGGGAAAGUUCUGUUUUUGUUUAUCUUUAUUUUUCUCGAGGACAGAGACCCUCGAGCUCUACUUGCUGCUAUGGUUUUGUAUGUGAGGGGGAAAAAGUCGUCUUGUUGAUGAACUGGACAAGCUUCUUUGGACCACAAUACGGACAGUCGUCGUCAUCCACUUUUGUUCCUCCACCCAGCCGGGAGGGAGGGUGGGGAGGGAGACCCCAGGGGCUGCAGUACCCGUCGUUCAGCUGGUACAAUGGGACAUGGACCUUUUCACUGUAUCGCUCCCUUUCUGACCUCUCUGCUGCUCACGGCUGCUGUCUUUAUGGUCAGCGACACCUUAGCCGCCUCCCUGUCCAUCUGUCCGUUGUACCCCCACUAACCCCGCCCCCCAUACCCACACGCAGCCAACUACAACACACGUCGGAUUUCACUGAUUGAAUCACACUACCAGUAUUGAGUGUGGAAGUGUGCGUAUGCUUGUGUAUGUGUGUGUAUGUGUUGCCAAUAUGUACUGAAGGACUUUGACACGGUCAACAUGGGUAAUGGGCGAGUUGAUGUACGUCUUUUCUCUUCUUAAAGGGGCCGUAUGACACCGUUUUAAAUUAAAUGUUUAAUCAGAAAUCGGUGGGUUAAAUAUUUUCACUGUUUGAUUAUUAAGUUGCUGCCAAAUAAAAGCUUUAUUUUA